CUUACUUGCAACAUAAGCUGUUUAUUUACUUUAACCAUGGCUUCAUCACAUAGCCUAUCUCAAAACAUCCCGGCCGAUAUCCUCGGUCUGGUUUUUCUGCAUGUCGAGGAUGGCGACACUCUUACUGGGCUGUGGGAAAGGAGUGGGUUCACAGGGCUACACUGCGCUCUGUUUCGCUCAUGCCGCUCACCCAUGUGUGCGUGUCCUGGCGCUCAGUGGCCCUGGGGCUAUUUUACCAGACCACCGAAACCUACCCGAGGGUGGCUGGAAAGAGCCGAGGUUCAUUUGGAUGAUCAGAUUGCUAGGCUCUCCGCUCGUCUGCGUGAGCUCUUCCCAAACAGCCGUGCUAUCUCGUUUUUUGCAUUGCAAAACUUGGAGGACUGCGAGGUGGAAGCCUUCUAUGGCCUUGCCAGCAAGAGCUCUGCCUCGCCUCAUUCGCUCAUAUAUCGUAGUAGAUCACCCUGCAGCAGUACUCUUUUAGCGCCAAACCUGACCAGCCUUCGGCGGAUCCACAUUUCCUCGCCAACUUCCUCAGCCGCAGCAAGGCUCAUCCGCGCAAGCAGCAAAUCGCUCGAGGAGUUGAGGCUGUAUAAGCCCUCGCCUGAGGCUCUUGAAGAAAUAAUCGCCUACAAGGAACCGCAUAGGUACCCUUCUCUCAAGAAGCUCACGCUCUACUGCACCAAUUUCACCGACGUUAAGGGUGUAAAGGAGGAUGCCGUUAUAUUUCCUGCCUUGACGCACUUGGCCCUCAUCGAUUGCUAUAGGAUCGCUUCCUUUGACAUCUUGGUCAGAGGAGCUACAAGCACGCUGACUCACCUUUCAUUCAAUAUGACCAACAUGGCCAUUGCAGGGCUGAGAAACCACCGGUUCCUAAAUUUGAAGCGUGUCUGCGUUCUAACCUGCGGUUCCAUCAAAAGCGAGAAUCCCACAUACGAAGUAGGUGAUACGAUUAGACUGCCAUUUGAGAUCGCACCCAGCGCCGAAGCGAUCGAGUUUUAUGGCUAUCUCGAUGAUCUCCCUCCGAACAUCCCGGAUGCACUCCUCGAUUGCGGAAUCAGCUUCAGCCUUUCCUACCUGUGUCUACACCAGACCAACUUUACCAUCAGCCAAAUUGGACAGCUGCUGGUGCAUGCCGACAUGGUUAUCAGGCUGACAGUUAACAAUAUCAUUGCUGUCAACGAUAAGGAAAUGGCAGUUCCAGACAAGUUUAUCGAAGAGUUCCUCACCAAUGGCGAGCCAUUCAGCCGCAGACUUACGCGCCUUGAUGUAUGCAUCAAAAGGACACAUCCAGCAACGUUGAUCCUUGCCAUCACAAAGCUUCCGUCGCUGAGCAGAGUUUGCCUCAGCUGCUACACACCACAAUUCUAUAUCGCGGAUCUCAUGGAUGAAUUGGAGCGUCCCGUUUUCCAAGAGCACCGGCACCAUGUUCACCGCGUUUCGCUGGGCACUACGAGAUACUCCACCUCCAGUUUUAAUCCAGACAGACUUUAAUAAAUACAUUCGUGUAUUAGGU